AUGGUGGCUGGAAAUGGUUUGUUUUACCCCGUUGUGGGCUUUGCAUCGAUCGUGUUGUUCAUAUACAUGUCGUUUGGGGACGUGCGGUUUGGUUUUGAGGAAGAAGUGGAAUUGGCUUUUGUGGAGAGAAAUGGAACUCAGUUUAUGGUGGAUGGAAAGGCCUUCUACAUUAAUGGGUGGAACUCUUACUGGUUAAUGGUGCAAUCUGUGGAUGAGUAUUCCAGGCCAAGGGUGCGUGAAAUGCUGAAGGCUGGGGCCAAGAUGGGGCUCACCGUGUGUAGAACUUGGGCUUUCAAUGAUGGUGACUAUAAUGCCCUUCAGAGUUCUCCUGGUGUGUUCAAUGAACAAGCUUUCAAGGCCUUGGACUAUGUUAUAGCAGAAGCAAGGCAACAUGGAAUUAGGCUGCUCCUUAGCUUAGUAAAUAACUUGCAUGCAUAUGGUGGGAAGACUCAAUAUGUCAAAUGGGCAUGGCAAGAAGGGGUAGGACUAAGCUCGUCUAAUGAUUCUUUCUUCUUUGAUCCAUCAAUCCGCAGUUAUUUCAAGAAUUAUAUCAAGACAAUUCUGACAAGGAAGAAUACUAUCAAUGGAAUUGAAUAUAGAAAUGACCCCACCAUUUUUGGUUGGGAGUUAAUUAAUGAACCUCGGUGCAUAACUGAUCCUUCCGGUGACACUCUCCAAGAUUGGAUAGAGGAAAUGUCAGCUUUUGUCAAAUUGAUCGACAAGCGCCAUCUUGUGACGAUUGGACUCGAAGGUUUUUAUGGUCCUAAUGAUCCGAAAAGAUUGACAGUGAACCCUGAGGAGUGGGCAUCUCGACUUGGAUCUGAUUUUAUAAGGAACUCAAACAUCUCAAACAUUGACUUCACCUCUGUCCAUAUCUAUCCUGAUCACUGGUUUCAUGAGCAGGUAUUUGAAGACUACAUGAAAUUUGUUUCCAAGUGGAUGCUUUCUCACAUUGAAGAUGGUGAUAAGGUACUGAACAAGCCAGUUGUGUUCUCUGAAUAUGGAUUGUCAGACAUAAAUUUUACAAUGUCCGAACGGAAAACAAUGUACAAAACAAUUUUAGACAUAUCCUACAAAUCUGCAAAGAAAAACCGGUCUGGAGCAGGUGCUCUAGUUUGGCAAUUCUUGGUGGGAGGAAUGCAGGAAUUUACAGAUGAUUUUGGGAUCAUCCCUUGGGAAAAGACACCAAUCCCUUCACUAUUUGUUGAACAAUCAUGCAGAUUAGCCAAGGUCAAGGGAUGGCCUCACAAGGACACAAGUUUCAAACAAUUUUGUUAG